AUGUCUUCUACCCCCGCAGCCAGGCGACCUCCUAUGAAGGCUCAGAAGACUGAGCGAUCCCAUGAAGAGAACCAAGAGCGCGCCUACAUCGCCGCGUCCCGCCGAGCAGAUCGCAGCCUUGAGGCGCGUGUCCAGUCAGCGAGGAUGGCUUCUGAAAUCCACCGCCGACGAACCGGGCGUGGUCUCAAAGUCACCGAGGAAAUCGUUCUCAAGGAGGAGAUGUACGAAGAGGAGGAUGACGAUCUGCCCAGGCAGUACAGAUACCUUACCGCCCACCUUCAGACAGGUUCCUCAGACAUGAACUCUCGCGUCAAUGCCUACAUUACUACACAAGCUGCCAUGGCCACAAUGGCCCGCUACAACGAGAUCAACAAACUGUUCAAUGAGUCGUUCCCCAGCGCCCAGAGCAUGCAGCAGCGCUACGACCAGUCCGUAUACGCUGCUCCGAUCAUGAGGACAGGUUCCGUUUCGGCAGCACCGGCCCAAGGUCAAACUUCCCCAUUGCCCAUGUCGCCAACCACGAAGAAGCGAUCCUACUCGGAACACUCGCAGCCAGCAGAGACACCACAGACUCUUCUGACUUCGCCUGCCACAGCGUCCAUCUCGUCCCCACCGGCACUCACGCCCAACUCCGCUGGUAGCGAGUUCGCUGAUGCGAAGUCCCCAGUGCAGCAAGGAUCGUUUAUACGUCCUCCGCGGCUAGACACCCAGCUUGUCGCACAACCUGCGGUCCCAUCGUCCGUCUUCACAUCCGAGCUUCCCAACGAGAUCAAGAUGAUGGGUAAUUUCGACCUCGCCGAUCCGAUGGCCAUGCAGUUCUUUGGUGGAACUAGUGACGCGUGGCUCAACAUGUUUGGUCAACAGGCAGACGACACUUUCAAAUUUGGCUCCUCAGCGACUGCUGGCCAUGUCAAUGGCGAGCUGACUGCAUUCUCUCCGGCAGAGUUGGACCACCCGCUAGAGGACGAUGCACCCAUAUUCUCACCUGUUGAUGGUCAUUUUGCCCAGCGUGACUUUGGACUCGACAGUCUGAGCCGUCUUGGCACUCCUGCUGGCGGGGACAACUGGGAGAGCUUUGUCGAUUUUGGCUCCGAGCGAUGA